AUGGAUUUGCUACUGCUCAACACGCUUCAGAACCUCACGCUGACCGAGGGAAACCGUUUGGGGCAGACGAUUCGGGAGCUAAAUACUUUAUAUCAAACGGAACUCAAUGUGUUUGUGGAGUUUGGCCAGGGUUCUGAUAUACUGGAAGCAGCCAGGCAGCCUUUUAAGCCUAGUUUAUGGCUGGGAAAUACGGAAAUCCAGAUGGUUUUGGAAGGAAACUUUAGUAGCUGUACGCUAACUAUACUUUAUGUGGAGGAAACUGAACUGAAAAGAGGUCUUGACUAUCUCAUCAAGUGGUUGUGGAAGUAUCAACAUCUUCAUGUUUUAAUAUAUUACAAAGAUGGAACUGCUAACAAGUUGCAUAAAAUAUUUAAACAUUGUUUUGAAGAAGGUUUUACAUAGGUAAUGGUUAUAUUACCAGAUUCACAAGGACUCUACAGCUUUAUGCCCUAUGAGAAUCUCAAAAUCUUGCAUUUAAAAAGUGUACAAGAGUAUUAUAAUCUCUCAAAAUUAAAAUGGAACUUUAAUGGUUACAACAUAACCAGUGGCCUGGUGACGGCAGGAGCUCCCCGUUGGUUCUCCUUUCGAGAUCGUAACAAUAAAUUGAUACUAACUGGCUAUAUGCUCAGUAUGAUAAUGGAUUUUACCAAAUUUUACAAUGGAUCCUUACGCUUUCGAGAUGUGUUAACAGUCCAGGAUGGUCUCCAAUUUCUAGCCAAUCGAACUAUUGAUUUUUUUCCAUUCCUAAUCAGACCUCUGGAAAGUUUUGCCAUGACCAACAUAUUAUAUUUGGAAAACUGUGGCCUUAUAGUGCCCUCAUCAAGACGAGUGCCCAACUUUCUAUACCUCAGCCGACCUUAUACUUUUAGCACUUGGAUAACCUGGUUAAUAAUGAUUGUAUACUGCUCUCUGGCCUUGAGGAUUUUAACAGGAGGAAAGCUAAGUCUCAGUGGAGCCUUUCUGCACAUCCUACGCCUUGUUUUAUAUCUCUCAGGUAGCAAGCAUAUCGGAACUAUAUCAUCGCAUCAUCGCUUUCUUCUCUUUAUAAUACUAACAACUUCUGGAUUUAUAUUCACCAAUCUGUACUUGGCGCAACUUUCUAGUAACUUGGCCACAGGACUCUACGAAAAGCAGAUAAAUUCCUGGCAGGAUCUCGAUGAAACCGAUGGCAUUUGGCCCUUGAUUGAUGUUGAUGUCACAACGAUGCAGAAAUUAAUUCCUGAUCGCAAGAAACUAGUGUCACGCAUAGUCACUACAUCAGAGCAAAAUGUGGAUGUAUUUCGGAGGAAUUUAAAUACAAGUUGCAUUCACUCGGGCUUCUUUGAUCGCCUUGAGUUUGCUCUUUACCAGCAGCAAUUCCUGAGGUUUCCUAUUUUCCGGAAAUUUCCCCAUAUUCUGUACCAGCAGCCCUUUCAGAUUUCCACACCCUUUGGACGUCCUUAUCUGCAGCUCUUUAAUUGGUUUUCUCGCAGAAUUUUCGAAAGUGGAAUUUUUUGGAAAAUGAAAGAAGAUGCCUAUUGGCAUGGCAUACAGAGUGGUCUCUUGAGUUUUGAUUUUCAGGAUAAAUAUUUAAAAGUUAAAUCUAAUAAUUUGGAGUAUUAUUAUUUGAUUGCGGGAUUGUGGUUGGGUGGUUUGAUUUUGGGUUUUAUAUCGUUUUUUAUGGAGUUAGUGGUUGCAAGAACUAGAAUAAAGAUUAAGGUAGAUUUUAAGGUGUUAAAAGAAUAA